AUGACUUAAGUAUAAUAUUAACAAUAAGGAUUAUUGUAUAAAGAAGAAAAAAAAAGGAAAAAUGGCUCAAUGAUUUUUUUAAUGAUGAUGAUUAAUUUGGAUCUUAUAGAAAAGAUACACGAAGUAGUUCUCUAGUUUAAUCAAAUGGUGCUAACUUUUAAAUUUAUCCAUAAAUCAAAAAAAGAGUUCUUAAUUGAAGCUGAUUUAUAUGAAGUGUUAGUUAAAUCAAAAGAUUUUGAUAUAUAAAUAUUGAAUAUUAUAUUAGAAAUAUUGUAAAAAGAAAAUAAUCAAGAUUAGGAUUGCUUAAAGUUUCUCGAAAAUAUAGAUGUAAUAUAUUUUUAGACUUUUAAUUAAAUUGAAAAUAUAUCACUUUUUGAAAAAUAAAAUUAAUUUGAUAAGUUUAAAAAGACUAUUAAUUCAAUUACUCAUUUGAUUGAAACUAUAAAAGAACAUGAUAUUAAUCCUUUUAAUUAUUCCUCUGAAAUCUAUGCUGAAACAAGAUAAUAUCUCAUUAAAAAAAUAUCACAAGUGGUUAGGAUAAUAGAAUUUUUGAAAUUCUUAGUUCAUCUCACUAAUAUAGAUAAUAAAUUUAUAAUAAGUGGGUCUAAUGCAAUUAAUGUCUCGGUUGAAAUGAAAGUGGAUCUAACGAAUUAAAAUUUUGAAAAUAUAAGAAUUGAAAAUACUAAUUUAUUUAGGGGUAAUUUUGCUAAAUGCAAUUUAUCUAAAUCUUAAUUUAAGAAUGUGAAUAUAAAUGGAAUUAAUUCAAAUGGAGCUUAAUUAAUUCGAUGUAACUGGCAAUAAUUAAAAAUAAACGAUUUGUAUUAAUUGGAUGGUCAUAAUAGCACUGUCUACUCAAUCUGUUUCUCUCCUGAUGGAAAUACAUUAGCUUCUGGUAGUAGAGAUGACUCUAUUAGUCUAUGGGAUAUCAAAAACAAGUUUUGUACAGAUUAUAGAUUUAAAGAAAUUUAGGUUAAAAAUUCAAGAUAUCCUUUUUUUUAAUACCCCUCUGCAGUAAAAGAAUAUUAUUUAAAAUUUAGAAACAUCUAAUAUUAUGGUUUUACCCAGACUUCAAUUUUUCAAGGUUUAAGAGAGUUUUUUAUAAAAAACCGUUUCCUUUUAGGAGAAUUAUAGGAGUAACACUUGAUUAAUUUAAAAACUAACCUAUAUUAACCCUUAAUUUAAAUCUAUUUUAAUAUACUUCUUGUGUCCAAUAUUUGUUGA